AUGGACGCCGUCGUGUCCUGCGCCAAGGCCACCACCGCGCCAACGCUCUUCCGCCGCAAUCGCAUUCGAAUCAAGGAGCUCCUGCGCAGUGGCUUGGAGCUCGAAGGCAAGACCGUCACCGUCAAGGGCUGGGCCAAGACCUUGCGAGAAGCUGGAGCAGGCGCCUUUGCCUUCCUCGAAUUGAACGAUGGCUCGUGCUUUGCUGGCGUCCAGUGCGUGAUCAACAAAGAAGAGACGACGGGGUUUGCUGCUGCCAUGACUUCCGGAGGCGUGGGGGCCAGUUUCAGUGUCAACGGCGUCGUCGUCAAGUCACCAGCCAAAGGUCAAGAAGUGGAGCUCAAGGCGCUUGACGUGACACUGUACGGGGGUAUCCCUGACAGUGCCACGUACCCCAUGAGCAAGAAACGUCAUACCCUCGAGCACUUGCGAGCUCACGCUCAUUUGCGUCCACGCUCGAACAUCCACGGCGCAGCAAUGCGCGUCCGCAAUGCAAUGGCGUUUGCCACGCACGAGUUCUUUAACCACCGCGGCUUUUUGUACAUCCACACGCCCAUAAUUACCGAGUCGGACUGUGAGGGAGCAGGCGAGAUGUUCAGUGUGACGACCAUGUUGAGUCAGCACCCGGAUGGGAAGCUCCCAGUGACAAAACAGAACGCGAUUGACUACUCGAAGGACUUUUUCGACCGGCCGUCGUACCUCAGUGUAUCGGGCCAAUUGAAUGUCGAGACGCACAGCUGCGCGCUCUCGGACGUGUACACGUUUGGCCCGACGUUCCGUGCCGAGAAUUCCAACACUUCUCGCCACCUUGCCGAGUUUUGGAUGAUUGAGCCGGAGAUUGCGUUUGCAGACUUGAAAGACGACAUGGACUUGGCGGAAGACUACCUGAAACACUGUGUGCAGUACGCACUGGACCAUUGCAGUGAAGAUUUGGAGUUCUUUAACAAGAACGUGGAGAAGGGAUUGCUCGAGCGACUAGCUUCUACUGUUGACUCGCCGUUUGUGCGGAUCUCGUACACGGACGCUGUGGAGCUGUUACUGAAGCCAGAGCAUCAGACAAAAGGCAAGUUCUCGGUCAAGCCGGUCUGGGGCACAGAUUUUGGCUCGGAGCACGAACGCUAUUUGACUGAAGUCGUGUACAAGAAGCCGGUCGUGAUUUAUGACUACCCGAAGGAGUUCAAGAGCUUUUACAUGCGUCUGAACGACGAUGGCAAGACUGUUGCUGCUGCUGACGUGCUCGUGCCCAACGUCGGUGAAAUCAUUGGCGGAUCGGCCCGUGAAGAGCGUCUCGAUGUGCUUGAAGCUCGUAUGCGGGAGUCUGGGGCCAACCCCGAGGAUUACAAGUGGUACCUGGAGCUCCGCAAAUACGGCUCCGUCCCGCACGCUGGCUUCGGUCUCGGCUUUGAACGCCUCAUACGUUACGUGACUGGCAUUGAGAACAUUCGUGACGUGAUUCCAUUCCCACGAUGGCCGGGCAAUGCCUCCUUCUAA